AUGACCGAAUCAAAGAAAGCCCCUUACAAAUGGAUCGCAGCCAAAAUCGAAUCGCUCGAUCCAUACAAAAACUACGAGGAAAUCGUGCGACUGACCACCUGCUACCAAGCGAACGACUUCAUGAACAAUCUCAUCUACAGCAUCACUUUCCCACAACUCAUGAAACCCGAGUGGGCAGCACGGGCAAUUUGGCGAGAAGACGGGGGGAAAGUCUUACACAAAGCCACCGUUCGUUGCGAGGAUAGCGAGUACCACAACAUGACAUGGCUCUUCUACGGCCCCAGCGACAAACGCUGCCUCGACUCCAUCGCCUACGUCAACAACCUCCACGCCCGCCUCGAAGCAAAAGUCACGCCCGGCUGCUAUGGUCACAACGAUGAUUAUGUCUACACUUUAGCCUCCGCCGCCCUCAUCGGCCAACGCUUCGCCACAACACUCGGUCUCCCACGUCUCACUACCAAGCAAAAAAUCGCGACUCAUCUGUUCUGGCAAGAAAUGUCCAAACACUUUGAAUCACACCAUCCAGGCGCACGAGAAGAAAAUUUUGGACCACCUGAUCCGCGGAGUGCACUGAUCACGGAGUCAGUCUGGGAGCAAUUCGCUUUCAGGUUCUUUCCUCCUGGCCUUCGAUGGCUUGGACGCGUGACGGUCGUUUCUCUGUCGAACCCACAGCACAUCCGAGACGUGGGAGCGACGGAUGUUCAUCCCCUCACAAGAAUGGUGGUCUUAUGGAUUCUGAGUUGGGUGUUCUGGUUAUUGCUCUUUGCUCCUGAUCCGCCGCCAGGAGAAGUUCCGUUUGAGAAGCAGCAAGCUUUGUCGAAGGAGGAGAAGAAACUCAGGUUGAAGGGUUUCGUUGAAGAGGAUAAGAAAUUUUGUCCGUACUUUGCGAAGGCGUAUAUGAAUAAGAGGCCGGAUUGUCCGUAUUAUGUUAAGUUGAAGGAGGAGUUGUAA